AUGAGUGGUUACGAAUAUUCAUCAUAUUCGUCCUCGACAGGUGCUACUCCUGGUAUUGCUACUGCUGCUGCUCCUUCUCCUGGUGCUUUUGAUGCAUCAAAAGCUAUUUUUAAUCAAGUUGAUCGUAAUCAAGAUGGUGCUAUUGAUAGACAUGAAUUUCAACAAUGGGUUAGUGGUGGAGCUGGAGCUGGAGCUGCUGGUGGUGGUGGUGGAAUUGGAGGUGCAACUGCUGCUUUUGAUACAGGUUCAUAUGAAUUAUCAAAUAUUUCAUCAGGUGGAAUUCCUACUGGUGGAGCUUUCGGUGUUGAUAGUGGACUUACUGGUUCAUCAUUUGAAUCAUCAACAUUGACAUCAGGUGGUAUUUCUGGUAUUUCUGGUAUUGCUGGUAUUGGUGGUAUUGGUGGUAUUGAAGGUGGUUUUAGUGAUAUUAGUGGAUCAACAUUUGAUUCAACAACAGCUAAUGCUGGUUAUGAUGCAACAUCAAUACAUCAAGCUGCUAAUUAUACACCUGAAACAAAUGCUGCUUGGUCAAGAUAUGGUGCUGAAGUACGAGGUGCUGGUCUCUAUGUUGAUGCUAAUCCACAAAUAAUUCGUCGACAAGUUGCAGGUGGUGUUCAAACUUAUACACAAAAUAUUCGAAUUCGCUUUCUUCAACCACCACCUCUUCCACCACCAGGCCCAAUAAUAAUAAAAGAAGUUCGACCACCUCAACCACCAGUUCCACCACCACUUCGUGUAAGACAACAAGCUCCACCUCUUCCUCAACCAGCUCCACUUAUUCUUCGUGAACGACCACCACCACCACCACCUUCACAGGCUUCACAAACAGUGGUUCGACAACUUCCUGCUUUACCUGUUCCACCACGAUCAGUUAUUAUCGAACGUAUUCCAGCUGCUCCACCUCGACCACGUGAUAUUAUUAUUGAACGUUGGAUUCCUUAUGGAGCUGCUGCUAAACGAAAGACAAUUGUUCAACGUGCUGAAGCAGCUAAAGAAUAUUCUAGACCACGUAAUGUUAUUAUUCAAUAUGAACCAGUACAAGUUCGUGUUAUUAGACAAUUUCACCGUUUGGGUAUUGUUCAAGAAAAUCCACAAGCUUAUCUUCAACGUUAUGGAGCACAAUUACUUGAUACUCAAACACUUAUUCAACAAGCUCGUGCUGCUGGUGUUGUUGAAGAUAUUUCUCCUCCAGCUGGUGCUAGUGUAGCUACAAUUAGUUCAUCAUCAUUAAGUGGUGGUGCUGCUUUUUCUGGAGCUGAUGUUCUUGGCGUUGCUGGAGGAGAAUUAGGAGGAGGAGGAGGAGGAGGAGGAGGAGGUUCAUCAUCCUUCUCUACUGGUAAUUAUCAAAGUUCACAAAUCGGUGGUGCAGAAGGUUUGAUUGGUGGUGGUUUCGACAGUGGUUUAGUUGAAGGAAUUGGAGUUGGUGGAACAUAUGGAUCAUCAAACUUCGAAUCUUCAUCAUAUUUAUCAGGUACAGGAGGAGGAGCUAUUGGAGGAUAUGGUGUUGAUCUUGGUAUUAGUGGUGGAUUACCCACUGGAUAUAGUUCAUCAUCAUAUGAAUCAUUAGGAGGAGCAGGAGCAGGAGGAGCUGGUGGUGUUGGUUCUUUUGAUGCUGCUGCUGCUGCUUUCAGCAGUAUUGAUACGAACAAGGAUGGAAGCCUUGAUGCUAAUGAAUUUAAACAAUUUUACCAAGCUGGUUUAUAG